UUUCCAUGGCCAAUCACCCUACAAUUCGCCCUUCCAAUCGCCAAUUUCUUCUUCGCUUUUACGAUUUCUAGAGUUUUUCUUUCCUUUUUCGUCUCCUAAACAAUGUUUGGAAUCAUGGGUUCGACUGUUUCUGCCCCUAAGAUUCAAGGGGUAAAUCUGGGUUUGUUGAACUCGUCUUCUUCUUUGUUCUCUGCGGUGGGUUCUGGGCCGAAACAGCGAGGCAGGGGGCUGGCUGUGGCCGCCGUCGUGGACGGUAGUUUACCGAUGACUGGAGUGGUGUUCCAGCCGUUUGAGGAGGUUAAGAAGGAGGAGCUUAUGGUCCCCAUGGCUCCCAACCUAUCACUUGCUCGACAAAAAUACGUUGCGGAGUGUGAAGCUUCCAUCAACGAGCAAAUCAACGUGGAAUACAACGUGUCCUAUGCGUAUCACUCCAUGUAUGCCUACUUCGACCGAGACAACGUUGCUCUCAAGGGCCUUGCCAAAUUUUUCAAGGAGUCAAGUGAAGAAGAAAGGGAACAUGCUGAGAAGUUGAUGGAGUACCAGAAUAAAAGAGGAGGAAGGGUGAAAUUGCACUGUCUUGUUGAUCCACCUUCUGAAUUUGAUCAUGUUGAGAAGGGUGAUGCCUUGCAUGCAAUGGAACUAGCGUUGUCCUUUGAGAAGUUAACAAAUGAGAAACUUCUCAACUUGCAGUGUGUGGCUGAUCGAAACAAUGAUCCUCAGUUGGCUGAUUUUAUCGAGAGUGAAUUUUUAGCUGAGCAGGUUGAAGCUAUUAAGAAAAUUUCAGACUACGUGUCACAGUUGAGACGAGUUGGGAAAGGGCAUGGGGUUUGGCACUUUGAUCAGCAACUCCUACAUGAGGGUGCUUGAAGAAUUAUUCAGCUGUAGCUUUUGGUUUCUUUCAGAGUCUAAGUUGCUUUUCAUGUGGUUCAAUUAUCGUUUUAUGUUUUUGGUUAAGAGAGACGGGUGGGAAUUAUGUGAGAAAAUAGAAUGAAUGUAAUGUCAGACAAGGAGCAACCCUGAUGGUGAUGUCUCUGAUCUUUCCUUUGGGGGGAUUUUCUUUGUCAAACUGCAUCCAACAUGAAAAUAAAAGCUCAUUUCCAGACUGCUUGUUUUUGCUUU